AUGACUUCUACUUCACUGCCCGCUGAGGCAGUCCUGCGUCGUCUGGCGACCGCCACCUCCACUCCGACCUCCUCUGCGAACAUCUCCCCUCUCGAUAGUCCGAGAUCCUCCCCUUCCUCGACCUCCUUGUCCUCUCUCGCCUCGGAAGAUGCUCUUGCUGAGCCUCCCAAACACAAAGCUGGAAAAAGGCAGCUGUUUGAUACCUACGGCAACCCCUUCGAAGUCCCCGACUUCACCAUCGGCGAUAUCCACAAAGCCAUCCCCAAGCAUUGUUUCAGAAGAUCUGCCACCACUGGGCUGUACUAUGUUGCUCGAGACAUUAUCUCCCUUGCCGUUACCUUCUAUCUCUUCAACCGCUUUUUGACUCCCGAGAAUGUCCCAUUCACUCCGUUAAGAGCUGGUUUGUGGUUCGUGUAUACUGUUGUACAGGGCCUCUUCGGCACCGGUCUGUGGGUGCUGGCUCAUGAGUGCGGACAUCAGUCAUUCUCGCCCAGCAAGGUACUGAACGACACAGUCGGCUUCAUCUGUCACAGUGCGCUUCUGGUGCCUUACUUUUCCUGGAAGAUCUCUCAUGGCAAGCAUCACAAGGCCACCGGCCACAUGGAGCGAGACAUGGUCUUUGUCCCCGCGACCAAGGAGCAAUACUUCACCCGAAGAGGAUGGCUGCUACAUCAGCUCGAUGAGCUUACCGAAGAAACCCCUAUUGCAACUGCGUACCACUUGGUCAGCCAACAACUCUUCGGAUGGCCGAUGUACUUGUUUACCAAUGUCACCGGCCACGACAAACAUGAAGUUCAGCGUGAGGGCCGCGGGGUGGGCAAGCACAACGGGUUUGGAGGUGGAGUCAAUCAUUUUGACCCUGCCAGCCCCUUGUAUGAGGCGAAGGAUGCCAAGCUGAUUUUCCUCAGCGAUCUUGGACUUCUCGCAGUGGGAAGCAUCCUUUUCUGGGUUGGCAAGACUUAUGGUCUCUCCAAUCUGGCUGUCUGGUAUAUUGCCCCAUACUUGUGGGUCAAUCAUUGGUUAGUGGCAAUCACUUUCCUGCAGCACACGGAUCCAUCUCUUCCCCAUUACACUCCCCAGAUGUGGACCUAUACCCGUGGAGCCGCAGCCACAAUCGAUCGUGAAUUCGGAUUCAUUGGGCGCCAGCUGUUCCACGGAAUCAUCGAGACCCAUGUUCUUCAUCAUUAUGUCAGCACCAUUCCAUUUUACCACGCCGAUGAGGCCAGCGAAGCCAUCAAGAAGGUUAUGGGCCGUCACUAUCGAAGUGAUACCGAAGGGGGGCCCCUGGGAUUCUUGAAAAGCUUGUGGAAGUCGAUGCGAUGGUGUAACUGGGUUGAACCCAUGGAGGGGGCCACUGGGGAUGACGCGGGCGUGCUGUUCUUCCGCAACCGGAACGGAUUGGGAUCUCCUGUCAAGACACCAAAAGCUGCUGCAUCAUGA